AUGUCUUUGAUAGCAUAGUGAGCGUGUUAUGUUAAAUUUUUGCAGGUGCUUAGAUAAGUUGAUAGUGACAACAAUCGCUUACUAACAAUGGGCGGUGUCGUAGCUGCCAGAGCGGAAAUGUAAUACAGUAACAGAAGAAAUGAAAGUGCGUGACUUCCUAAUGUGUGACUGUGUUGUGGUGAUGGUAGCGAUAAUUUGUGCAAGUUUCUGCAUCUUAUUCGAUAACAUUUUUGCACGUAGCCGUGUUUUCACACUAAAGCAAAAUAUAGCCCUAUAACAGCCAAGUGCUUCUGUCUUUCAGCUUUAUGUAACACUAAAAUCAUCACAGACUAUGUUGAGUUAUCUGUCAGUGUCUAUAAGUGUUCCAAGUCUGCGCGUGCAAGGGGAUCCACAGCACUAAGUUUUUCUUAUCACUCUGACAUGGAUCAUGAACCAGUUUACAGUAAAGAAGCCCUGUCCACAGCAGAGGCACUUACUCGCUUGCACCAAGAUAUAGAAUCUGUUCUUAAGGAACAUCAGUUGUGCCAGAAGAAAAGGUUCAGUAACAUAUGGCAUAAGCAAUGGUUGAGAGAUGCACUACACCAUGAAAGCCGAUACACCACCUUUUGUUGGACUUCUGCAGUUGCCAUUCUUGCUUGCAGUUUUGCGCUGUUUUUUGCAUAUAUUGUAGAUAAAAGUGACAGGUUAUGCUGUCUACUCGCACAAGGAAUACUGCUUCUUCUACUAUUGGCGAUCAAUGUAUAUUUGGUUUUGAGAGAGAACAAAUUGCGGCACUCUGAAAUGACUACAAGAAUUCUUGAAAUUCUUCAUCAGUUAAAAGAUGCUUCGGAGACGUGUCAGUGGUAUCCAGAAAAUUACCCACACUUGUGCUCACCAGUCUCACCUUGCAUUACUCUGCAAUGGACUUAUCGUGAUGGAAAACUGGUGAACUUGCCAUGGGCACUCCUUGUGCGUGAUGAUAUUGUCGUCAUCAGACCUGGACAACAGGCUCCUGGGCGCUGUUCUCCGCUCAGUGAUCCAGAUGCACCGGAGCUUGAUGCACAUCAGUUUUAUAGUCCACACAAUGACAGAGAUCCUCCUCCAAGCACACCCGUAGCAAGGAAUCCACUAUCAAAUAAAUACUAUAUAAUGCGUGAAACACCAUAUUUGAGAAAUCUAAAGCUUGUGCUGGACCGUUCACUUGACAGACCUGUAACUCGUUUCAAUCAGUAUCGUUAUUUGCUCACAAUAUCAUUUUAUGAACGGAGGCUGCUACCUGCCAUGUUGGGAUGCACAUUGGCGGUCAGUUGUCUUCGAUAUGUUUAUCUACAUCCUUGGGCAGGAGCAGGCCCAUGGCCAGAAAUGUUCCUUACUCAACUCGUGAGUGUUUCUCUCCCAUUUUUGCCACUGGUUUUCCCUGCAGCAUGGCUGUUGCUUACGUGUGUUGGCACUGCUCGCAUCCAUGCCAUACUCCAUGCAAAUAUCAAACAGGUUCCUGUGGACCCAUUUGAAGACACUGACCUCACAGAACCCAAACAUGGUGCUGUAGAUGUGAGCUGGAAAAGCGUGAAAGAGUAUUUCCUGAAGGUGCUGUGGGGUAGUGGAGAAAUACCAUCUCGAUCAGCAAAUUUGUUGCAUGUGCUGGGAUCUGUGACAGCAUUGUGCUGUGUUGACAAGAAGGGGAUAUUGUCAUGGCCCAAUCCUACAGCAGAGAAGGUAUUUUUUCUUCGAAAUACUUCCCGUCCUACAAAAUCUUUGAGUCAUGAGAGUGUAGCGACUGGACAAGGAGAACAGAAGCAACAAAUUGUGAACCAGGAUUCUGCUGAAGAAGAAAAACUUUCAAAGUCUAGUCAGUUAAAACAUGAUACUCAUGUGCAGACAGUUGCAGAAGUUUUGGAUCUCACACAUGAUCAUACCAGUGCUUUUCGAUUACAAUUUGAUGAUCACACUUGGAAGCAAUAUUUAAAUUCUUUGAAACCUCUGGGUUUAGCUAUACUCCUGAACACAUGCAAUAUGGAGACUCAGGAGCAUUAUUCACAAUUCUGUGCCCAUGUCACAUGUGAAGCUCUGCACUCCGAGAACCUUGUGCCAGUAACCAAUCGUAGAUGUCUGUGUGAACUAGCCAAACAAAUAGGAUUUGUUGACCAAGCUCAGGACAUAUUCAAACUAGAGGAGCAAUUAUCAACUUUCAGGCAUGUUCAACCAGAGUUGGUGCGCCGUGAUAUCAAGUUUGCUAGAUCUUUACCGAUAGCAAAGUUGAAGUUCCCUUUUCCUCACAUGGUUGCUGUUGUAGUUCGAGAACACAGUAGAAGAAAUUUGCAGCUCAUGGCUCAGGGCACUGCAGACAUCAUACUAGACGCAUGCAUUGAGUUCUGGGAUGGUUAUGAUUUAUGUCCACUAACUGCAAGUGACAGGAAGAAAAUCCAAGACUUCUACCAGCGCACAAGUCUGACUGCUUACUGCACAGCUUUUGCAUAUCGUCCUUUGACCCGAUCUGUGAAUAGCAAGCUUUCAAAUGUUUAUCUGGAACUGCCAGCUGACAGUAAGCACCUGUAUGCGCCACAUCGAAGCCCUACACCACUUGCAUGGGAUCCUCGUUGCAGAGGCAUUCUUAGUCGUUUCCAUUCUACAGAUUCGCUGUUGGGUAAUGAAGGCCACGAGGAUGAUGUUGAUGAUGUUGAGGGUUGUUUUGAGCUGCAGUGCAACCAAGUAUUUAUUGGAAUGGUAACAAUGCAGUAUCAAGCUCAGAUUGAUAUGGUUCAACUUAUAGAGCAGUUAGAAAGAGCUUGUAUCCGAUUUGUACACUUCAGUAAAGAGAAUGAACUCCGUUCACGUGUUUUCUCAGAAAAAAUGGGCUUGGAGAGUGGUUGGAACUGCCAUAUAUCUUUGCUGAGUGAGCGUAACAGAUCAGACAGCGGUCAGUCAGACUCAUGGCCUAAUGUGGGUUUUCGACUGUCUUCUCCUUCAUCUCUUCCCAAAUGCUGCACCCUGCCAAAUGAUGAGCAUGCAGAUGAAGCAGCUGGUUUACUCAGUACUCGCAGUGCUGUGGGGAAUUCUAAGGCGCUUAGCUUCUCUGCUCCUAGUGCGAUCAAUUUGGAUUUCUCGCAAGUUAAAUUUGAGGAUGAAACACAUGAUAUGUGUGAUGAAUCUUCUAUUCCUCAGCCUGAAGCACUUACACGAAGCAGUAUAAAUGAUGAACGAGUGACUAGCCAGGACAGCAUGCUAGUGCACAGUGUAGACCUAAGUUCGCAGACAGAAGUCUGGCGUUCCCUUAGCUGUCUUACUGAUAGCACUGAGCAGAGUGGCCUCAACAUUGACAUAUCGAAUCGUGCAAAGCUACCUCGUGGCAUAGACAAAAUCCGUCCACACUUAGAGCAGAUUGACAAUGUUCCACUACUCGUUUCAUUGUUCACAGACUGUACGCCAUUAACAACAUGUGAAAUGUUGCAUAUUAUGCAAGAGUACAAAGAAGUGGUAUGUGUUUUGGGAUCUGCAGCAAAUGCUGAUAACAUGCCCAUUUUUUUACAAGCUGAUGCAAGUUUCGCCGUGGAGCCACUGUACCCUCAGGUCUGCCAGAAAAUACCUGCAUUUAUACCUACAAAAGCAGCUCAAGGAGUUUCUCCUGUGGAAUUAAAUCGUAUGCUCAAUUCAAUUGCUUGCUCAAUUACCUUCCAUAGGGAGGAUCCGGUCUCCAUCUUUCACUUAAUAUUGGAGGCUCGUCACUUCAUGCAUUCAGUAACCAACAGUAUCCAGUUUUGGAUGUGUUGUGUGGCCAGUAUAUCAGUAGUGCAGGUUCUGGCCAUUAUCUUCAUGCUGCCUCCAAUCUUCUCUACAGGGCAUAUAAUGUGGCUGGUAUGCAUUAUAGUUCCUCUUCUGUCACUGUCCCUUGUUGGAAAACCGACUGAUCCUCAAGUGAUGCACAGAGCCACUGGGAAAAAUGAAUGUGUUUUCAAUACCCAGGUGGCUAUUUUCAUACUGUGGUGCUAUGGUGCCAAGUUUGCCCUUUCCUGUGUGGCAGUCCUGCUUGUCUAUGUGACAGUGCUCAAGUCAGAAUGUGAUGUUGUGACGGCUUUGUCUGGUGAAAGCAAUAUGACUUGCACAGUUGUGUAUCCUGUAUUACAAGAAGAAUGGGGUGGUUGGGAUCAGCGCAGUCAUGGCUUGCUCUUUGCCCAGCAUGCUGCACUCUCUGCUGCUGUCCUCUUCUUUGUUACGAUAUCUGCUUGCUUUGUACACAGAGAGUAUUCUUUGUGGGUGAAAAGUCCACACAGUAACAUUGUGUGGUUGGCAGCUACAAUGAUCACGUUGCUGCUGCAGAUGUCUUUCUUUGGUAUAAGUUUCUUUGUGUUGUGGUCAAAUCCGGACACCAUUUUGACAGAUAUUCAAGUGCCAUACAAUGCCAUCAUUAUUGGCAUUAUUUCUCCUUUUGUAAUAGUUUCAGUGAAUGAACUUAUCAAAAGGGAAGAAAUUAAGGUCAAUGUUCGAUAUCAGAAACGGGCAAGACUUGAAUUUGGAACAAAAUUAGGAAUGAAUUCACCAUUCUAGACAUACAUAAAGUACAGCUAUUGCCUUUUACACUUGUAUUAAGUAAUUCCAGAGUUGCAUCUUGCUUCCUCACACGUCAAAGUGAAGGAACAGAUUUACAUUGGAAUAAUUGAAGUGAGUGAAGGAUAACUGUACUAAAAGCUGGACAAAUAAGGAAUGUAAGGAGAGGUUACAAAUUUUAGUGAACAGACUAUCAGGUAGACUGGCGAAGAAUACGAUAGAAACUGUUGCCAGUACAAAACAAAGAGGCAUUGUUUGCUGAAUAAGCAAAGAAUAUGAGUAAAGAAUAAUACUUCACACUGGGAUAGGGGCUCCUAAACACAAAACUUGGGGCAGUUAAGCAGGAUCAUGAAAUUCAGAAAUAUCAAACUAAUAGCAAAAAAUAAUGUAUGAAAAUGAAAAUGCUAGGAGUUUUCAAGAAAUUUCGUAUGCAAAUGGGAUGGUUAGUGUUCACUAUUUCUUAUGUCUGUCGUACGUUUUAUGACAAAUGUGUUAGAGUAAUCAUUAACAUUGAAUACCAGUUUCUGGAUGAGGCAGUGAAUGUUUUUUUUUUUUUCUCUCUCUUCCCCAGUGCUUGUGGAUCCCAUGUGUACCUGUUGCAAGAACUAUAAGUCAGUCAGUGGAAAAUCACUGUCGCUUACAGAAUUUUGUUACUCUCUGGAUCUUUCUCUUAAGAUCAUGUAUUUUCAAAGAUUCAUAUUCAUGAUUAAUCUGAAAUGAAACUCACAAAACUUCCACUGUAUUAUUUUUGUGCCCAUUUUCGUGGAAGACAGAAUUUCUCAACACAAUGUAGAUCUUUUCUGUCAGCUGUUUAUUUGCACAGACAGCACUUCCCUUUUUCCCAUACACAAAACGUACUGUGUAGCUGGAAAGAUAGUUUAGUGCAACAGUGGAAAUGGGAAAAUAGAGAAUGAAGAAAAAUCAAUUGUUAAUUGUUAUAUGAUUGAAUUCUAUAGGAACAGUGCCCUUGCUGCUUUCAUGAGACUUAAUUUACCUUUUAAAGCAAUGUCGUCAAUCAAAGAAUAUGUUGGAAAAAACAUGUGGUGCUAUCAAACUACAUAACUUUGUUAUUGACCAUUUUUACAUGCUUACCCAAGUCACUGAGUAAAAAAUACAUGCAGGUAGCUCAAUUCAUUCCAUGUUUACCUAUACUGACUUAUAUGAUGAGGUUGCUCUGCUAUAUUGUUAUAAAACAACAUGUUGCCACAGCAUUCAGUAAGUUCAAAGACAGCUUGAUUAAAAGAAUGCAAUAAUUAUAUUUUAUCUGAUAUGACAAGACUUUGUCUUAGUAAUAUGUAUGUUGCACCAAUGAUGAUAAUUUUAUAUGUGUGUUUCAUACUGUUCUUACAUGUGUAAUAACAAACUAGAAUUGAUGCUACAGUAAUUUUUUUUUUUUUAAAUUGUCACAUUGUAACUGGUGAGAAUGUUGUGGUUUUGGAAAUGACAUUUAUAAUGAAAUACAUCAAUAAACAUGAACAUUUUCUGCUCA